AUGACCGUCUCCCUCAGAGACCUCGCCGUCGCCUAUCUCGUCCAAAAAUGGCUCCAAAUGGAGGUCAUCACUCACCUUAUCCGAGGACUCAAAGUGAUGGCCAUGCUCGGCGGAGCAUGUCCGGGUAGUUUCUCGUGCCUGGACGAUGACGACCACUUCCAAGAGUGCUACAAGACCCUGUAUGACAUGAUAGUCAAGUACGGCUUCGACGGGAUCGAUCUCGACGUCGAAGAACCGAUGUCGCAAGAUGGAAUUGGCCGACUGAUCGAUCGACUUCGGGCGGACUUUGGGCCGGAGUUCAUCAUCACGCUGGCGCCCGUUGCGACGGCUUUGCAGGGCCAGGCCCAUUUGUCCGGGUUCAGUUACCUUGAGCUUGAACGUGGGCGUGCUGACAAGAUUAAUUGGUACAAUACACAGUUUUAUAAUGGGUGGGGGAGUAUUGAGACUACCGAGGACUAUGAGAAAAUCAUGGAGAUGGGGUGGGAACCGUCUCGUGUCAUUCCAACUUUGUUGACCCAUUCGAGCAACGGAACUGGGGGUUACGUACAGUUUGACAGGCUGAAGGUGAUAUUGACGGAGCUGCGGCUCACAUAUGUUCGAUUUGGAGGUGUGGCCGGGUGGGAAUAUUUCAAUUCGGAUCCUAGUGGACAAGAUGCCCCGUAUCACUGGAGCGUGCUCGUUGGAAGGGCACUUGGGUUGAUUCCGGAUAUUACUGAGGGCCCAUUCCGGAGUGGCCGUUAG